GAUGGACCAUCUUGGAGUAACUGGACAAUCUAUGCGACAUUAUCUGUACGGUAUCAUGCUAUCAGCAAUGUUUCUACUACAAGAAAAAGGAAGUGCUGUAUUCCUGUAGGAAGUUAAAGCUAUGUUGAAUAGUAGAAGGACAAAAACUCAUGUAACAAAGCGCUUUUAAUUUAAGCCAUUUAAACACACAGAAAUAAAAUAAAAAAUAAUAAAUUAACAAAGAAUAUUGUAUUAUACAGACAGAGCACUGUCAUAUGUAAUAAGUCACUAUUUGUGAGCAUUUGGGUGACUUUCCUAAUGACUUCUCUAAUAACAUAAUUUUAUGUUGAUGGAUAGAUAAGCAACGCCCUCUACUGGUAAAAUAUAUAUAGAUCUAGAUAUAAGAGAAAAAAAUAUAUAUAUAUACUACUAACAAAUAUAAAGCACUUAAUGUAGCCUUUUAGUGGUUCUCCUACCAAUUACAUGACAUCAUAGAAUUUGGCCUUGUCCUUUACUGAUGUGCAAAAAAAUAGUUAUUUCUUGCUUUAAAAAUGAAAACACAGGGAGCAUAGAUUGAUUUUCUUCGAAACUAAAACAUGUCUUGUAGUGUCUUUUUCACAGUAAUGUCCGAAGUGGAUCAAACGUAAACUGUCCUUAUUGAUUUUUCCAACUUCCAUACUGUUAUAUAUAUUUAUAUACUGUAAAUAGUGUAAUAUAUAAUAUGAUAUAAUGUACCAUAAUUUCUGUGUUUCUAAUCAGUAUACCUCUUCAUCGCACCACCAUGCACGUGCGUUUACCGUAAAGCGUGACGUUGACCGUCUCGUGAUGGCUCGUUCCAACCAAUAACGGCGCUGAACCGAAGAGAUUAUGGAUAUAUUUGGAAAUAGUUCGCCGAGCGGCUAGUUUUCCAAAUUACGGACAUCUCUUAGUCCAAUGGCAGCGUUGAGAUAUCCGUUGUGGGAAGCGUAGUUCGAGGCUGGUGUUCGGCGUUCCCAGUAACAGGCAAUAGGACUACAUCUCCCAGAAGACCUUGCGACAGCCGAGCUGCGUGUAGGAGCAGAUGCAGAAGCAGCAAUCGGGGAAGAUUUUUGGGAUUCGUCUGAAAAGUCGGAGCUGCGCUGUUUCAGAUAUAAUGGCCUAGCAGUCCAGCUAAUUGCCGUUGGUUUGUUGCACAUCUUAGUGCACUUUGGGUUAUGAGCAGUAGUAAGCCUUCUCGCUACAACCGAUACUCCGGAGGAGCUGCAGCCAUUCAUAGCAACCCAACCACCCCUCCUGCAGACUCCAGCAACGGGAGCAGGAUGGAAACCUCGUUUGGACCUACUUUCUCAGCUGUUGCUGCUGGAGCUAAAGCAGAAGCCUCUAGCACCUACAAGCAGCACCGAAGAACCCCCUCAUCCUCCAGCACUCUAACUUACUCUCCCCGUGAUGAUGAUGAUGGAAUGCCGCCUAUUGGUACUCCUCGAAGAUCAGAUUCAGCCAUCUCAGUCCGGUCUCUCCACUCUGAGUCCAACAUGUCUCUGCGCUCCACAUUCUCUCUCCAUGAAGAAGAGGAGGACACGGAGCCUCAGGUGUUUGCUGAACAGCCAUCAGUAAAAUUGUGCUGCCAAUUGUGUUGUAACGUCUUCAAGGACCCUGUCAUUACCACAUGUGGGCACACCUUCUGCAGACGAUGUGCCUUGACUUCAGACAAGUGCCCAGUGGAUGCAGCUAAGCUCACUGUUGUGGUAAACAACAUUGCAGUAGCUGAGCAGAUUGGAGAGCUGUUCAUCCACUGUAAAUAUGGAUGCAGGGCUACAGCUAGUGGUGCAAGUGGAGCGGCAGCCUCCAAUGCUACAGUGGCUGGGAAACCUGGAGCAUAUGAGGUGGACCCUCUGGGCUGCCCAUUUACUAUCAAAUUGUCCACACGCAAAGAACACGAAUCCAGUUGUGAUUACAGACCAGUGCGUUGCCCCAACAACCCCUCCUGCCCUCCUCUGCUUACAAUGAACUUGGAGGCUCACCUCAAAGAAUGUGAGCACAUCAAAUGUCCACACUCCAAAUAUGGCUGCACAUUCAUUGGCAACCAGGAUACAUAUGAAACACAUCUGGAGAUGUGUAAAUUCGAGGGGCUGAAGGAGUUUUUGCAGCAAACUGAUGACAGGUUUCAUGAGAUGCAGCUGGCUCUGGCUCAGAAGGACCAAGAUAUUGCUUUCCUGCGUUCCAUGUUGGGAAAACUAUCAGAGAAAUUAGAUCAGCUAGAAAAGAACCUGGAGCUCAAAUUUGAUGUAUUGGAUGAAAACCAGAGUAAACUGAGCGAAGACCUGAUGGAAUUUCGUAGAGAUGCCUCUAUGCUUAAUGAUGAGCUGUCCCACAUCAAUGCCAGGCUUAACAUGGGGAUUCUGGGCUCGUACGACCCCCAACAGAUCUUCAAGUGUAAGGGGACAUUUGUGGGCCACCAGGGCCCGGUCUGGUGUCUUUGUGUAUAUUCCACUGGAGACCUGCUGUUUUCGGGAUCUUCAGAUAAGACUAUUAAGGUUUGGGACACCUGCACCACAUACAAGUGUCAGAAAACCCUUGAGGGUCAUGAUGGCAUCGUAUUGGCUCUGUGCAUCCAGGGAAACAGACUUUACAGUGGUUCAGCAGACUGCACGAUCAUUGUGUGGGACAUCCAGACCCUGCAGAAAGUCAACACAAUCCGUGCCCAUGACAACCCUGUAUGUACACUGGUCUCCUCUCACAACAUGUUGUUUAGCGGCUCCCUCAAGGCCAUUAAGGUGUGGGACAUCGUGGGUACAGAGCUGAAGCUGAAGAAGGAACUGACGGGUCUGAAUCACUGGGUGAGGGCACUGGUGGCCUCCCAGAAUCACCUGUACAGCGGCUCCUAUCAGACCAUAAAGAUUUGGGACAUCCGCUCUCUGGAGUGUGUCCAUGUCCUGCAGACCAGCGGCGGCAGCGUCUACUCCAUCGCUGUCACCAACCACCACAUUGUGUGUGGCACCUAUGAGAACCUCAUCCAUGUGUGGGACAUAGAAUCUAAAGAGCAGGUGCGAACCCUGACUGGUCAUGUGGGAACAGUUUACGCUCUUGCGGUCAUCUCCACACCUGACCAAACCAAAGUGUUUAGCGCCUCCUACGACCGCUCCCUCAGGGUGUGGAGCAUGGACAACAUGAUCUGUACCCAGACCCUGCUAAGACACCAGGGCAGUGUAACGGCUCUGGCUGUUUCUAGAGGGCGUCUCUUCUCUGGAGCUGUUGACAGUACAGUGAAGCCUUCUUCUUCUGUCUUAGGUGUGGACUUGCUAAGGGAAUGGUUUUCUCUUCACAUCUCAACCUUUCCAUAUGAUUCUCCUCCUUCACACACGUCUUUGAUUGUGAUUUUUAACGAUGACAGACCAAUACCCACCACUCCAAUGACGACGUCCGCGCCGGAACAGUUUUAUUGUUUUAAACUUCAAACGCUCCAACACCUUGGCCUAAUGGUCACACUCCUCAGUGACCUCAGAAACACUGCAUCGCAACAAGAAACAAGACAAGCUGCCUUACAGUUGCACCACACUGUGACAAGAACAGGUGCUACACUCCUGUAAUCAGAGCAGGAAGCAGAAUGGAUUAUAGCUAAAGUAUUUCCAGACAAUAGAUGGUCCUGCCUGCUUCCUGCAGAUCCACAUGUACUCUGAUGCCUGAUAUAGUGUUCAAAUAACCUUCAAGGCUGGUUUCACAACCAUGGAGCGACCCCACACUAACUCCAGGUUAUGUGAUGUUUCAAAGGCCGCUCACUCCUCUAGAAAUCUCAGAAUACACUACGACACAGACAAUGAAUUCUAGUAUUAAUAUACUCAUUUAAAUUGUGAGCAGGCCAUUUUAUUUGAAUUGAGUAGCUGCUGUUUUAUGAAGUCGACAGUGUUGUUUUUUUUUUUUGUUUUACCUGUAGCUUUACUGUAAAACUCUUUUAUGCUGACUUCCCUUCAGUGGCCAGAGCUCCAGGAGCUCUGGAGUCAGUCACCCAAGCUAAACAUGCUUCCAGAGUGGGAGAAAACUAAUCUGAGUCUAUAUCUGUAUCCAGUGGACCUCACAACAGUAGUCGUGUUUUACCAGCUGUACUGUAAGUAACCUGUUGACAGUGGCUUUUAAGAUGCCUUCAAAAGAAGCCUCUUACAGUAUGCAAGUGAUUGGGGCCAAAUUCUGAAUUCCUUCAUCUGUGCACAAAUAAAUGAAAAAGCUCAUCUGUAUAUUAAGUGGCUGUACUUUUUGUUCUACAAAUUCCCUCUCACUGUUCAGGGAAGCACAAAUUCACCCUAAAACACUUCAAGUAAAGGCCUAAUUUUUACUUUACAAAUCCAAAAACAUUUUGUCACAGUACAAGGACUAAACUUUGGUCCCGAUCACUUCUUCUAUUUAAAGGGCUUAAAGACUCGCAUCACGACAUACUGUACAGUAUACAGUGACAGUUAUGACAUUUGUAGUAUACAGACAUGUUUAAGGACAUGAACCUUAUUUUCAAUUCCUCAUUAUUACUGUUAGAAUCUGUGGUCGAUAUCCAGGAUGGGUCAGGCGAUGAGUAACCAUGGCUACAGUAUAUGUAGGCAGGUUAAGGAAGCAUGUUUAAUCAAGGCUUGUUUACUGUACAAAUGAAUUUACCAGCACUGUAGAAUGAUUUAAUGAAUGAUAAAUCAGAAAUGGAAAAAAGGGUUCUUUGACCUGCAAGUGUAAAAGGUAGUAAAAAGUAACACACCCGUGUGGUCAUCGCCCAUCCCCUCUUUGUGAAACCAGCCUUCAUGUACAGUUUAACAAGUUGAACCUUUGACUGGCAGAGCUUUAGAUUUCUUGAGUUUUACAGUAGUGCCAUAUUAGAGCUUUGUUUCAAGCCACUCAAGGGUUAUACAGUUGUGUAAAGAAUGACUCCCACUGGCCUAUGUAGAUAGGCAAAGAGGACACACAGCUCCUGUACAUGUAUGUGUCUGUUACUGUAUAUAUGUGAAUGUUUCACUGAGUGCCAUAUGUGCAUAACGAAAAGUCUACGUCUCCAGACACUUAGAGCAAACGUAACCACACAUUAACGCAUACACUUAAACAGUGCGAUUAACUCCAUAACCUCCAGAUGCGAACGCACACAAAGUGCCACUGACAUAUAGUGUAGCUCUGUUUAAUAGAUAAUGUUUGAGGACCCACAUUGGGUGAAAUAUGAUUAGAAACACCCGAUGAAAUCAUGAGAUCUCAUCCACUCAGAGCAAAUGUAGACACUGAAAUGAAAUUCUUAAAAAUUUGAUAGAUGUUCAGAAGUGUUUUGCUUUGGUUCCAGCAGUGAUCUGUGCACCACUCACUUGUGGUGAAGGCUGUUAGCGAGUCGGUGUCUUCUGGUCACUGAUGUAAAGAUUUCUUGUGUACUUGUAAUCAUGUAAGCUUGAGUUGAUCAUUGAUCAAUAAAACAGUUAUAUACUUUGAA